CUGAAAGAAUUAAAUUUUUUUUUAGCCGAGCAAAGUUUCCCCUCGGUUGCUUCAGCGCUCCAAGCCAAUGGAGCUUCUUAAAUCACCGAACUCCAUCUCUAAAUUAUCUUGGACGAACUCCGCCUCCGCCGCCGCCAUUCGCCUCGUUUCCUCUCCACCGAAGCUCUUCCUCUUCAAAUCCCGCCUCCUCCGCCGCCUUCAUCCCCUCGCCGCCGCCGACCUCCACGACUCCAACGCAGCCGUUUUCACUCUCAAGCACUGCUCCUCCUUCCCCCUCUCGACCACCAUCCUCCUCAUUCCCUCGCUUCACGCCCUUCUUCUCAAAACCAACCUCCUCUCCUCCAUCCACGUCUCCUCCUCCCUUCUUCACACCUACUCCCUCUUCUCUGCCCCCCACGCCCUUCGCCUGUUCGACGAAACCCCCAAUCGAAACGUCGUCACUUAUAACACCGUAAUCACCUGUCACGCACGUCACGGAAACAUUUCGGCCGCCCGCGAACUGUUCGACGAGAUGCCGCAACGAGAUAUUGCAUCCUGGUCCGCGAUUAUUUGUGCCUACUUGCAUUCUGCAUGCUCUCUGGUUGUGCUGACAGCGGCUCGCUUUCCCUUUAUGGUAAAUCAAUGCAUGCCUUCAUGGAGAGGAACCACAUGGAUGUCAGCGUUCAGCUUGGAACCUCAUUGA